AUGACUUGCUCAUCUCCUGGAAUUUCACGUUUGUUAGCAUCAGGAUCAAAGAAGAUGCGGGGAUUGCAGAUUGAGAAUUUGGCAAAUGGUGGAUCUCCGGUCCAUGGCUGCCGAGAAACUCGAUGCCAAGGAGCUGAGAUGGUGUUGACUCAUCUCCAUCUUUCCCAAUCAUCCCUUCCUCUUCCCAAACAAACCCACACCAUGACAUCCACCAUCCAACAAACCUACUCAACUGAUACCCACUCCAUCUACACCGUUUAUAUCAACAACCGCUCCAUCAUCACCACCGUCACCAAUGUUGCAUCAGUAGUCGAAUCCUGGCUACACGAAAUCUACAACAUACACGGUACCCACCUCAUCGUAGGCCUGGACGUCGAAUGGCGUCCCACCUUCCAACGCAACGUCACCAGCAAGGUCGCCCUCCUCCAGCUCUGCGUCGGCAGUCGCUGUCUCAUCUUCCAACUCAUCCAUGCAAACCGCAUCCCCCGAUCUCUUCGAGACUUCCUUGCCGAUGGAAGUUUCGGAUUCGUUGGUGUUGGGAUUAAAAAUGAUGUGGAAAAGCUCGAGGACGAUUAUGAUUUGACAGUCGGAUGUGCAGUCGACCUACGAUCAAUGGCUGCUACUAAAUUUCAUUCAAAUGAGCUGAGAAGUGCUGGGCUGACGAAUCUUGCGAGUUAUAUUUUGGAUCUUGACGUAGUAAAGCCGUCGCAAAUUACUCUGAGUAACUGGGAGUCGUCGUGGCUUACUAUCAAUCAAGUAAAGUACGCUUGUGUUGAUGCUUACCUUUCGUUUGAGAUUGGGAAGUAUCUAAUUCAGAUGAAUUAG